CACCAACGACCAUAAUCCCACCACCGCUCUCCCGAAUCGCGACCUGUCCUCUCCGUUACGACACGUACGUAUCAAAGUCUGUGAUAAACCGACGGCAUACCGACGAAAUAUUCAAUACUUCGAAAGUAAUCCUUCCCGAAUACCGAACGAGAUCCAUAGCCAUAGAAUUUCGUUGUGCUUGAUUCAAUUCCGAAACCAUGGCUCAGGACCCUCGCGCUCUGCUGCAAAAGGCAGACAAGACGCUCUCGAGCGCCAGCGGUGGCUUCAGCUUCUUCGGCGGCCGGGAGGAUAAAUACCAGAAUGCCGCGGACCUGUACAUUCAGGCCGCCAACGCCUUCAAGAUGCAGAAGCUCAAUCGCGAAGCAGGCCAGGCCUUCGAGAAGGCAGCUCAAGUACAGACCAACAACCUCAAGGAGCCCGACGACGCCGCCAACACGCUCGUCGAUGCCUUUAAGGCCUACCGCAAGGACGACCCGGAGGCGGCGGUGCGCUGCCUCGACGUCGCUGUGAACCAAUACUGCGCCAAGGGCAACUUCCGCCGCGCGGCCGGCCACAAAGAGGCGCUCGGCGAGCUAUUCGAGACGGAGCUCGGCGACUCGAAGCGCGCGCUCGAGAGCUAUGAGGCUGCGGCGGGGUGGUACGAGGGUGAUAACGCUGCUGCUCUCGCAAACAAGCUCUGGCUCAAGGUCGCCGACGUGGCCUCCCUCGAGGGUGACUACUACAAGGCCAUUGAGAACUACGAAAAGGUGGCCGCGGUAUCCAUCAACAACAAUCUAAUGAAAUACUCGGUCAAGGACUACUUCCUUCGCGCAGGCAUCUGCCACCUCGCCACGGGCGACAUGGUGGCCGCCCGCCGCGCUGUCGAGAAGUACACCGAUAUGGACCCCGGCUUCGCCCAGCAGCGCGAGGCCAUGCUCCUUAACGACCUGCUCGCUGCCGUCGAGGGCGGCAACCAGGAGGAGUUCACCGACAAGUUGUUUCAGUAUGACCAGGUCAGCAAGCUGGACAAGUGGAAGACGACGAUGCUUGUCCGCGUCAAGAACGCCAUUGAGGAGCCCGAGGACGAGUUCGCCUAAGCUUUGGUCGCCUGGAGGACGGAGAAACAAUGAGAGAGCAUGAGGGAAGAAUGCGGCAGGUCGUGAAGAAAGAUAUCAAAGAGCUUGCCCCCAAACCCUUUUCCUAUUUUUUAUUUUUUUAGGCCUUGUCCCCACCCCCCCCCCCCCCCCCC